AACUAUCGAGUUAUGCAACACUGGACCUUUAGUCAGUUUGUUCACGUGUAACUGUCCUACUAAUUGAAUCCACACCGGCCACUGUAUUAUAACCUGUACCACAAUGAAGCUGUUGUUUUUAGUUUGUAUUCAGCUUUCGAGUGUCUUUGUCCAUGGAGCAUUUAAAGCUGAAUGUGACCUAGUUCCGGCUGACUUUAUCUUCCUGUUGGACUCCUCCGGAAGCGAGACUCAAAGAGGAUUCAAUACACAGCUCAACUUUAUCUCAAACUUUACGUCCAAUUUUGAGGUGGGGCCAAAGAAAGCGCAGUUCGCCGCUGUGACGUUUUCUACAGGUGUUUACAAGAACUUCUUUUUGAACGAACACCAAAGUCAAGCUGACGUGUUGAACGCCAUCAGCAAGAUCGCCUACCGAGACGGGGAAACAUACACUGACCUCGGACUUAACUACGUCCGGUCGAAUGUACUUCAAGAAAACCAUGGUGCAAGACAUAACGUGGCUAAAUACGUCAUAGUCCUGACAGACGGGCGAUCCAAUGAUAACUCCAGGACGGUCAGCGCUGCCACGGCGCUUCACAAAGUCCCGAACGUGACGGUGAUAGCUAUUGGAAUUGGACACGGAAUUGACAGGAACGAACUAAAUAUCAUCGCCUCCGACAAAAAUCACACCUUCGUUGUUAACACCUUCGAGCUUCUUCACACUCUGGACGUGGAACUAGUGGAUAAGACUUGUACCCUGUGCGGUGACUAUCCGGCAGACAUUGCCUUUCUGAUAGAUUCCUCAGGCAGUGAACAAGGCUCCAACUUUGACAACGAAAGGAACUUUGUGGAAAUGGUGGCCAAUGAAUUUAACUAUGGCUACAAUGAUACAUUAAUUGCUGUGUCACAGUUUGCAACAAACGCCAGAACCGACAUUUACCUCAACCAAUACCCCGAUAAAGUCGCCCUCAUGCAGGCAAUAUCACGGAUACAUUGGAUGAACGGUGAAUCCAACACACACAUGGGACUGACUGAGCUUGUUCGUAAUGUUUUUCACAACAAAAAUGUACAUGGCCAUACACACAAUCACCAUGGACACCAGACUAUAACCUAUGGACCGCGUGCAGCAUCUGUCAAAAUUGCCAUUGUUCUCACUGAUGGCCGAUCUCUGGAGCCAACUCUGACAUUGAACGCAGCUAAACAGCUCCAUAGUAUGGGAGUCGAGGUCUUUGCUAUAGGAAUGGGACAUUCAGUGGACUAUAACGAAUUGGUGCAAAUAGCCACUGACAGGAGGCAUGCCUACCGGUUGGCCAGAACAAGUGAUCUUGAGGGCAUUCAUACCAAAAUUGUGGAAGCAAUUUGCAAACUUAAGGUGCCUCCUCCCACAACAACACCGUUGCCAACAACAACAACAACUAUGCCGACUACGACCGUAAAACAAGCAUGUGGACAAAAGCCUGCCGACAUUGUGUUUUUACUGGACGCAUCCGAAAGCGAAAAGGCCGAGGGUUUUGCCCAGGAAUUGCAAUUCGUGUAUAACUUCGCCCGAAAAUUCCACAUAGGCUCUGAUAAUGUCCAGUUCGGCGCCGUAACAUUCUCCAGCGAGAUUCGAAAUGAUUUUUAUUUGAACACUUAUCGCAAUCGACACGACCUCCUUAAUGCUAUCCAGAAAAUUGCUUACAUGCAGGGUGGAACCAAUACUUCGUUUGGAAUCCAGUUCGUGCGUGAGAAUAGCUUCAAACCACAAAAUGGCGCCCGUGCAAACGCAACAAAGAUCGUCAUAGUUAUCACAGACGGACAGUCGGCGGAUCCAGCGGCAACAAAACACGAGGCGCAGCUGCUUCAUCGACAGGGCGUCCAGGUGUAUGCUGUGGGAGUCGGUUCAGAGGUUGAUAAUGCGGAGUUGAAGGCGAUCUCCUCUAACGGCACUCCAAUUCUUGUUGGUGACUUUUCAUUGCUUCACGAUAUUCAGACAUCACUAGAGACAGCGGCCUGCCACGGAGGGUCCUAGUUAUCUUAGACAUACCAUCUGUCCUGUUUAUAUCCCCGUGUUAUUCUUUGUUACGUUCUAUUUCAUAAAGUCAUAUAUAUUCAUAACA